GGAUUUUUAGUCCCGCAGUUGCAGGUAGCUUCCAUUCCGCAGCAAUUACCUCGUUCCCCAAAGUCUGCACUUCCAGCCAGAGAAUCCUUUUUUUUACAACUUGCCUGAUCCAUUAACACCUCCAAUCAACCUCACUUAUCCAACAGAGCACUACUAUUGCCCAUCAUGGCUCGCAAGUUCUUCGUCGGUGGCAACUUCAAGAUGAAUGGGACCAUUGAGUCCGUGAAGGGGAUCGUGAAGAACCUGAACGCGGCCCAAUUGGACCCCAACGUCGAGGUUGUGAUCGCCCCUCCCUCGCUCUACCUGCUCCUCGUCCGAGAGCACCUCAACUCUAAGAUCGAGGUGGCUGCCCAGAACGUCUUUGACAAGCCCAACGGCGCCUUCACGGGCGAGAUCAGCGUCUCGCAGCUCAAGGACAGCAAGAUCAACUGGACGAUCCUGGGCCACUCGGAGCGGCGCACUAUACUCCGCGAGACUGACGGCGUCGUUGCCUCCAAGACCAAGUUCGCCCUUGACGGCGGCAUCGGCGUCAUCUGGUGCUGCGGCGAGUCGCUCGAGGACCGCGAGGCCGGCAAGACGCUCGACGUCAUCACCAAGCAGCUCGAGGCCCUCCGCUCCUCCCUCGCCGGCCCCGAGGCCUGGAAGAACGUCGUCGUUGCCUACGAGCCCAUCUGGGCCAUUGGCACCGGCAAGGUCGCCACCAACCAGCAGGCCCAGGAGGUCCACGAGGCUAUUCGCAAGUGGCUGAAGGAGAACGUGAGCGAGACCGUUGCUGAGGAGACGAGGAUCCUGUACGGCGGCAGCGUGAGUGCCAAGAACUGCAAGGACCUGGCCAAGGAGAAGGAUAUCGACGGUUUCCUUGUCGGCGGAGCCAGCCUCAAGCCCGAGUUCGUCGAUAUCAUCAACAGCAAGCAGUAAAUCUCCAGAAAGGUCACACCACUGCGGAUAUCAAGGCGGAAAAUAGGAAGGAGUAUGGGCAAGUUAAGAGGACAAUUGGGACCCAUGAAUAGAAAAGAUAUAUGGCACAUUUUGCAUAUCUGCCCAUUACCGUUGUGUGGUACAAUGUCAGCCCCUGUUCCCGAGAGAUAUUGCAACUUGCAUGCUUUGCCUUCCCGACCACCUUAAUACAGAACAUGGGAGCCACAACAGGAACCCCUAGACGGUCUAGUUCCC